GCGGCGCGCCGGUUCGGACGGCGCGCGCGGAACGGAGCGGGCGGCCGGCCAGAACCCAAGGGGACCAUGGGCGUCUCCAGGCUCUACACCCUGGUCCUGGUGCUGGAGCCUCAGCGAGUUCUCCUGGGCAUGAAGAAAAGAGGCUUCGGGGUCGGCCGGUGGAACGGCUUCGGGGGCAAAGUUCAAGAAGGAGAGACCAUCGAGGACGGAGCCAAAAGGGAGCUGCAGGAGGAGAGCGGUCUGACCGUGGACGCGCUGCACAAGGUGGGCCAGAUCGUGUUUGAGUUCGCGGGUGACCCUGAGCUCAUGGACGUGCACAUCUUCCGCACAGACAGCGUCCGGGGGACACCCGUGGAGAGUGAUGAAAUGCGCCCUCAGUGGUUCCAGCUGGACCAGAUCCCCUUCGAGGACAUGUGGCCUGAUGACAGAUACUGGUUUCCCCUGCUGCUUCAGAAGAAGAAAUUCCAUGGGUACUUCAAGUUCCGGGGUCACAACACCAUCCUGGAGCACACGCUGCGCGAGGUGGACACAGCGUAGGGGCGGAACCGCGGCCGCCCCUCCGGGCCCAGAGAACAGCUUCUCGGCAGCCGCACUGUCCCGGGCCCCGGCCCCCGGCCCCGAGCCAGGGUGGAGGUAUUCUAUUUGGAACACGGCUGGCUGGGAAGGGAAAUAAAUGUCUUUUACCUUUUCAACAUUCUUCACCCAGCCCCACCACAGCCGGCCCAGUCCUGGCGUCAGGAAGCCACCAGAUGUGCUGGCCUGUGCCCCGCGCCACAAGACACAGAUGGGAGAGGAGACAGGCCUUGGGGUGAGGGGACAGCUGGUGGGAGAGGGCGGGCAGUGAUUUCCUCAGUGCCACAGGCUCCUGUUGGGACCACAGGGUGGGGCUAGGUGUGUCCUCUCUCACCACCACCCUUAAAGGGGAAACUGAGGCACGGUCGGGGCCCAGAGCUGACACCCAGACCUAAUGUGUCAUAGGCUAGUCACCCUCCCUUAGCCCAAGAGCACGGGGCCCUUCUUGUCCCAAUUUGUCACCACCAGGAAGGGGGAGUCACCACUCACAGAAAACUCACGACGUCACCCAGCUCUUAUAAAUACGUUUAAUAAUA